CGUGUUUCCGGCCUUAAAGGCAUUUUGCCCUUCCCUUUAAGACGCACCGCCCCCUCUCAGUCACUCCCAAGAUGGCGGACCUACUGGGCUCCAUCCUGAGCUCCAUGGAGAAGCCACCCAGCCUCGGUGAUCAGGAGACUCGGCGCAAGGCCCGAGAGCAGGCAGCCCGCCUGAAGAAACUACAGGAGCAAGAGAAACAACAGAAAGUAGAAUUUCGUAAAAGGAUGGAGAAAGAGGUGUCAGAUUUCAUCCAAGACAGUGGGCAGAUCAAGAAAAAGUUUCAGCCGAUGAAUAAGAUAGAGAGGAGCAUACUACAUGAUGUGGUGGAAGUGGCUGGCCUGACAUCCUUCUCUUUCGGGGAAGACGAUGAGUGUCGCUACGUCAUGAUCUUCAAAAAGGAGUUCGCACCCUCAGAUGAAGAGCUGGACUCCUACCGGCGUGGCGAGGAGUGGGACCCCCAGAAGGCUGAGGAGAAACGGAGGCUGAAGGAGCUGGCCCAGCAACAGGAGGAGGAAGCGGCCCAGCAGGGACCUGUGGUGGUGAGCCCAGCCAGCGAUUACAAAGACAAAUACAGCCACCUUAUUGGCAAGGGGGCAGCCAAGGAUGCAGCUCACAUGCUACAGGCCAACAAGACCUACGGCUGUGUGCCCGUGGCCAACAAGAGGGACACACGCUCCAUUGAAGAGGCCAUGAAUGAGAUCCGGGCCAAGAAGCGUCUGCGGCAGAGCGGGGAAGAGUUGCCAUCUACCUCCUAGGCACCCCAGCUCCUGGGGCAGGGCAGGGGGCAGGGAGGGACGAGGCUGCUGCUAUUAGAACCCAUCCUGGAGCCCCACCUUCUAAUAGCUGUCACUCAGGCACAGUGUUUGUCACUGUUCGAGCUCGGAUAUGUAUGCGGGGUGUGUGUGUGUGUGUGUUAGUAUGUGAAAGUGUGAAUGCUCAGGUGGGUAUUUAAUCUGUAUUAUUCUGUUCGUCCUGGAAGUUUCUUCCCCAUGGGGCUGGGAUUACUUUACAUUCAAUAAAUACCAUUUGACCCAG